AUGCCAGUCUUAUUUUGCCCACUGUGUCACUCGCUUCUGAGUAUUGAAGAGUCAGCCAAUUGCUAUUCGCUGAAUUGCUCCACUCCUUGUUGCCCAUAUCGCUGGUACGUAACACAACCAUUGGUCCAGGUUCACAAGCCGAGACAAGAUGUCCGAUUGCGCCUGGAAGAAGAUGCUGUGUUUUCAAUCGACGAUCAAUACAGUUCUUCAGCUCAGAUUGAAGAGCGAUGUCCCAAAUGUGAUCACAACCGCGCCUAUUUUGUUCAGAUGCAAACUAGGUCGGCAGACGAACCAAGCACAACCAAAUAUUCAUGUAUGAAGUGUCGACAUAUUUGGACAGAAAACUGA